AUGUCAACAAAUGCUAACGAAGACAGGAAAAAGCUGAAUGAAUUAUUAACGGAGGCUUCCGAACUCGAAAUAGACUUAAAGAAACAAGAACAGCAAAAACAAAUGGUUGAAACUUUUAUUGAUUUUGACGACGAGAAAGAAUUUUUACGUAAUAGUCUUAAAGAUAUUUAUGAAGAUAUUAUUUUGAUCGAUUUAAAAAAGGCAAUAGAAAAUAAAAUUCAAGAAAAACUUUGGAGAAACAUUUUUUAUAAUCAUAUUGAAGAAUUAAAACAUAAAUUAUUUAAAAUAAAACAUGAAAAUAUCUCUGAAUACCAAGCUGCUUAUCAUGAAUUGUGUAGAUAUCUUGAUUUAGGAACUGGCUUUUACCAUACACUUGUCAAUGUUUUAAAAAUUCGUGAGAAUAUAGAUUUGGAUCGUAUUGGAAUCGAAAUCUUUUUAAACAGUAUUAAUACCCCUUCAAAUGGGUCACGUUCUGCUAGCAAAUUUAAAAGGAAGGAAUUAACUGCAGAAUUUAUUCAACAAUGUCUUAUUCGUUUAGGUGACUUUGCUCGUUAUCGUGUAGCUAUUCUUGAAUCAGACGAGAAACGUUGGGAAUUUGCUAGACAUUUUUAUAAUAUGGCAGCAAUGAUUUAUUGUGAUAAUGGUAGUAGUAGAGGAGCUCAAGAACAAUUAGCUAUUUUGGCUUUCUAUAAUGAAAAUGAUUUGGAUACUGUUUAUUGGCAUUGUUUUAGUCUUGCAACAAAACAGCCCCCUAAAAUUGCAGCAGACAACUUAAAAUUAUUUUAUUCAAAUUUUGGACAAAAAAUUCAAGAUAAUAAUUUCAACGAUUAUACAAAAUUAUAUCAAAGUUACAUUGAUCCUGAAGGAACUAUCAAUGAUUUUGAUAAAUCGUUGCGAAAAGAAAAAAAUAAUAACACUAGACAUUUAGGAAAUACACUCAAGAAAAUAAUUUUUAUUUUAAUAUUUACUUUGUGGGAUUUACGUGCUCAAAAUCAUACUGUCGAACUUGGAAAUUUUCAAUCUUACAUAAUUGGCUUAGGAUUUGGUUUUUUAGCGUCAGUUUUAGAAAAUUUAAAUUCCGAUUGGAAUAAUAAUAACAUGGAGGAUGAUAAUGAAAAUGGUCAAAAAAAUGGGCAUGGUUUUUCGAUAGCUUUAGAAUGUAUGCCAGUUGUUCCUCUUUGGUGUGAAUAUAUUGGGACUUUUACAGAUGUUUUUGGCCAAUUAUUCAUCCAUUCAAAGCCAAAUGAAAAGGGUCUUGGUAGCUUUUUCUUUAUGAAAGAUGACUUUGCAGAAAUAUCUAAUAUAGUUUUACCUGAAGAUAUUGAAUUCUUAGGAAUUGUUCCAUUGCGUAAUAUACAACAAGAAAAAAAUUUUACUUUUACAGGUAAAAUUGAUCACCUAAAAGUUAGAAUGGCCAGGCUUAUUAUCUUUGCUAAAAAAAUGGCUGAACUUAAGUCUCUUGAUAUUUUUGGUUAUGAUCCUACGGGCGUAUUCAUGAUGAUAGAUGAAGAAAUGAAGAAAAAAGAACGCGAGCGUGUUAUGAAAUUGAUGGCACAACAAUUGUUACAAGAUCAAGUGACUUCCUUGGAACACAACCUUCAAAGAAUGGGCCAUUCGCCUCAAAAAUCUAUUGUUGUUGGAUCUAAUAAUCCUGUUUCAAGCAAUAAAGAAGUUGUAAAAACAAAAAAUUUACAAAAAUUAAAGCAAUGUGUUAUUGGUAAAGAUAUAAUGUUAAAUCGUUUGAAUUAUGUGAAAAAAUGGAUUUCUGAUAAGAAACAUGUCGUGAUUGUACCAUUGGAUGUUAUUGAUUCAUUGGAUCUUAUUAAAAAAGGCAACAAUCCAGAAAAUGCGAGAGCUAGAGAGGCGAUUAGGUUUUUAGAUCACCAACUUCUGAAACAACAAAAUCAAUCCAAUAAUAAUAAAGAGCCAAAAAAUAGUAACAACCAUAAUAAUGAUCAUUUUAUUCAUAUACAGAAAAUACACGAGAAAUUACAACAAUGGUCUUGUGCAAAAGAAUAUAUUAAGGUAGAAGAUGAUAAUAAAAAACAAAAUGUUGAGGAUAAAAAUAUCAAGCAAACAACAAUUGAAAAUGUUGAUUUUGUUUCAGAAGAUGAAUUAUUAAUAAAAUAUGCAAAAAAAUUUGGCAUUUCUGUUGUUGGGGUUGGAAAUAUUUAA